CUCCAAGCGAACACUGGGCGCAUACACACACAUAUUCGCAUACACUCACACGCUGGGCUCACCAUAUUAUCGACAGAUCCGAGUCAGGAGUACAGUCGAGGAGAGCACAUUGAAGUGACUAAAAGCUUCUUCUGUGAGAGGAAACGAGAGGAAAAACGCAGAAAAAAAAGAAACCGAGGAAAUCCCCCGAAAGGAAAUGCCAAUCGCAGCCGCUGGACAGCCAACGACUCAGGAGCCUAGAGUUUGCCCCCGGCUGCCCUCCACCCCGGAGCCUGUCCCUAAAGGGGCUGAUUUAUUCGACGAGGCGGGGGCGGCGGAGUCGGCGGAGCGAACAGAGUACGGGGGCACGGAGGGGGGCAGAGGACUCGGGGGCUAUAGCUACAGCCAGAGCGGCGCUAGGGGCUUUGUACAGCCCGGAUCCACCAACGGCUCUCCGCCGCAUUCCCCAGCCGCGUCCUCCUCUUUCCUCUUCCAUCCCCUUCACCCCCACCAAAUGGCCAUGGAGCCCCCAAGGACUCGGUCGCGUUCUCGGUCUGGAUAUUACCAGCAGUACGGUGGUGGGAAUGGCAAUGGAAUAACCGGCAGCGGAGUCAUGGGCUCUCACCACCAGCACCAGCAGCAACAGCAACUAUUUCCACAGCAUCACGUUGCCGGUUGCGCACCACUAGGAGCUCACAGCAACCACCCGGACAACCAGCCGCGAGCCCCAGGAAGUAACGCCUCUCCCGGCAUUCAGAGGCUCCCUUCGGUUCCCGGAGCGCACCGCAUCCCGGCGGCAGGAGCCUCUGGCGGGUCCUACCACUGCCACCCAGAUCAUGCAUAUGGAGAGGAGAGUGAUAAGAGCGAGGAAAGCCCCAGUCCAAAGCGCCAGAGGCUGUCCAGUCAGUCUGUCUUGGAACAGCUAACCUCAUCUGCCCCCCCACCAUCCACCCCAUCUCCCCCCAUCCGCCCCUGGGAGUCAGGGCCCCCAAGUCGGAGACAGCCUCACCCCCACGCGCACUACCACCAGGAGAGAUGCCUCACUCCUGCUCGGCACAGACGCAGCCCGCCAGCAAGGCGUCAGCGUGGCCGUCUCUCCAGACCCACCCGUCACCUGCCUCCCCACCACCACCACCCCUCCACCCAAGGCCCCGCACCUCGCCUGUCGCCAUCCGAGCACCAGGAUGAAAAUUUCCAUCACAACCCCCAUCACCCCCCCCCACACCAGACAUACCCGACACACACACCCAUCCCAUACGGUCAGCCUUCCACGGCUGGAGGCGGGGCGGUAGGUUUGGAGGAGCCUCGAGCCUUCCACCCUCCCACAUUGUCGCCACGACUACUGCACCCUGCUGCUCACCAUCAUCACCUUCACCACCAUCAUCAGCAACAGCAUCAUGCAACGCAGCAGCAGCAGCAGCAAGGAGCCAUGGUCUUGGACUUGCAUGAACAGCUGCAGCAGGCCAGUGUCCCGGUCUCCUACACAGUGACCCCGGUCCCUCCGCACAGUCUCGCAGCUCCCUUGUGUAGCGGCCAGCACCUUCCCCCUACCUGUUCCUCACAACAAGUCCCCGCCUGCAGUGUGGUCUUCAGCACUGGACAACACUACCACCCGAUGCUCCAGGCUUGUUCAAUGCAACAUUUGCCGAUGCCCUAUGCCUUCCCCUCGCUGCUGUCUGGUGACCCUCAGUUCCUGCUUCCCCAUCCGCCCCACCUCUCACACCACCCGCCCCACCUCCCCACACCUGCACAGUUCCUGCCUUUCCAGACGCAACAGCCGCGAUCGCCCUUACAGAGGAUCGAAAAUGAGGUUGAACUUCUGGGAGAGCAGCUUUCAGUAGGCGGAGGCUUCAGCUACGCCCACCAUCACCACCACCACCAUCACCACCAGCCUCCCCCUACCCUGCCGCCCUCCACACCGCUCCAGUUCCUCUCGCACCAUGACCCCCUGUCGCAGGAGCUCUUUACAGUGCCCUAUCCACACUUCAUGCCUCGUCGAUUCACAAGCCGGCGUUACCGCUCUCAGCAGGCUGUACCCCCGUCACCCUACCACCCCAGCUUCCUGCCUUACUUCCUGUCUAUGCUUCCUGUGCCCCCGAAUGUGGCCCCCACUAUCAACCUAGAGCUGGAUGUGGACGACGGAGAGGUGGAGAACUAUGAGGCCCUGUUGAACCUCGCAGAACGUCUCGGGGAGGCCAAGCCCCGCGGUCUAACGAAGGCCGAUAUAGAACAGCUUCCAUCAUACAGGUUCAACUCCAACAACCAUCAGUCUGAGCAAACAAUGUGUGUGGUGUGUAUGUGUGACUUUGAGUCUCGCCAGCUCCUGAGGGUCUUGCCCUGUAAUCACGAGUUCCACGCCAAGUGUGUAGACAAGUGGCUUAAGGCUAACCGAACUUGUCCUAUUUGUCGAGCCGAUGCCUCCGAGGUCCAGCGGGACUCUGAGUGACCUCGUAUCGACAGCCAACACCCACAAUCCCUGACUUCCUUUUGGAUGCACCUACCAAUCACUUUUCUCCUUCUACUAUAAGCUUCCUCUCACACAUUCUGCCACAUACCUUGGGACCAUUGCUCCUUAAUCCUUCACUCUUUACCCCCCAGGACACUGAACAGUAAUUCUCACCUGGGAUCAGCAAACUUUCUACUGACUCACUUUAUCACUGGACUUCCUGGGCCUUCUGUUGUUGGACUGUUACGCCCCUACUACUCUGCCUUCUGCUCAUGGUCACCCAUUACUAUGAAUGGCCUUUGAAACACAUACACACAGACGGUGUCAUGUGCAGGGGGACAUAUAUAUAUGUGUAUUUUUGUAAAACUCAUUAUGAGCCCUGGAGAGAAAACAAAACUUCUUUGAAAAAGCGUCUGUAUAGUUGUACUAAUGAACAUUUAGGGAGAAUUGGCAGUCCAAAGAAUAUGAUAAUUUCAUCGUUAUUAUUCUGGUUAUCAUAAAGCAUUCACACCUUGGCUCGCAGAGACUGUCAUUUAUACUAGACUCAUUAGAAGUCCAGUUGAACACCAUCAGUCCAUUUUACUUUCUCUACGUGUAUUCGUGCAUUCCUCAGCGUGAGAGCAGUCUGUAUGGGGUGAAAUAAAGCGACUUUGGAACAGUG